GGGAAAUUGGAGAUUCCGGUUAAAAACUGGAUUUUUGACAGGUAUUUUUUGUCGCACGUGUGCGUCACGCUGCUUACGUCGUUACGUCGCUUCUGCCGUUACGUAGUCAAACGGCGUAGGCAGCCAAGUUUCCGAAGACAAAACUGCGUAGAUUGUGUCAAGAAUAUCCGAAUUACUACUACACAACUGCGGUCAUUCAAUCAAAUGUGCCAACACACAAGAGGAAACACUUAUUUUUGUUACAUUUUGUCAACGAAUUUUACGUUGCGCUGCAAAGCCGGAUUUUUUCCUUUAGGUGUCAAACUUAAGACCAAGUAAAGAUGGUGAAGCUGGAGCUGGGUCAAGUGGUGAUGAGGAGGAUGAAGGAGGACGACAUUGAAAUGAUUAAAGCUCUCAUUAAGGAGGGCUGUGAGGGCACAGAGAACCGCCUCAUUCUGCACAUCCUCACUCGCCCGCUCUGCCUUUUUGUGCUGGCUGUGUUUUCCUCCGGCCUGCGCUGCCUCGUGCACUCCUUCAUCCUGGCCCUGGCCAUCCCCGUCUUCCUGCUCAUUAUCUACCUGAAAAUCACCAUGCCGUGCUCCACGGGGGUUCUGGGCAGCAGCCGCCCGUCCUGGGACUAUGUGGGCAGCAGCUUCCGGGGGACGCAUGAUGAAAUGCUGCAGAAUCCUUACGCCAGGAUCAGCGACAAGAAACCCACGAUGAGGAAGCCAAAGCGGAGGAUGGUCUCCAAGGACAGCGAGGCAUCAACAGAGAGCAUCACCCCAGAGAGGGAGCAGGCUGCAGGGCUGGUCUGGGUGGCAGAGUGCCAAGGUGAAAUCUUGGGCUGCCUCUUCCAAGAGAGUGAGAAGCACCCCAGCAUCCGAAGGUUCUGUCGACUGGUGACGAGCAGCUGGUACCGCAGAGAGGGCCUGGGUCGGCUCUUUGUGCAGAGUUUGGAGCAGAAGGAGAGGGAGGCGGGGGCACUGCGAGUGUACACGCACGUCCCGUACCCUUCUAAGGUGGGCGAGGUGUUCUUCUUGAAACUGGGCUAUCAGCAGCUUGGGGAGAAGACUGAUGAGAGUGCUGAGGAUGAGGAUGCAUGGAGGGAGGCUCCUGAGAGAGGAUUUCUGGGAUAUCCGCUCACAAAAGUCUUCUACAAAGACUUAUGAUGGGGUUUGAAUCCUUCCAGGACUUCAAGGGAUGGACAUCAGGAUAUAAGCCCCCUGCAGUACAUACUGUACAUACUUAGUAUGUACUGUAAGUAUUAUUUAUACACUUAUUUAUCACCUUCCCCAUUCAAACGUCCCUGCUUCAAAUGAGACUUUACCAUGAAAUACACUGCUGAUGAAAACACUCACCACAGUUAAAAUAUGGCACGAAUGUACAUUUUGCACUGUUGAACGUGAAGGAGGCUCUAAGUAGAGCCUCAAAAUGCAAAAAGAAGAAAUGGGACUGAGACAAACACAAACAUUUCUCCUUCAUGGCGACAAAUUGUUCAUUUGGAAUGAGCAGGAGAAGAAAGUUUUCUACUCCCUUGAUGAUCCCUUGACUCCCUGAUGGCAUGACAAAGAGAUCCCACCUCCUCAUCCUUCAAUGGAACAGAGCUUCAGCUUGUGCAGGGGCGUCAAAUGGUAGAUGGCGGCUUCUUUGCCUUUUUUGCAAUAAGUUGGUUUUUGUCUACCUCCCUUUUAUUCUUUUUGCAUUUUGCAGCUCUACUUGGAAGCUCUUAAAGAUGCAACAUUGAUACGACAGUGGUAUGAAAAGGUUUGGCUACCCCUAGUGAUUUUCAAGAUCAGCCAUUUUUAAAAAAUAUAGCAGAUAACACAGUGAUACAUGACAAUUGAAAUCAAGUUUAUCGCAUUUACAGAAAGUGUGUAAUAAUUAGGUAAAAGUAGGGACAUGCAUAAAUCAAUAUUUAGUAGAUCCUCCUUUUGCAGGAAUAAAUGCUUCCUUUAGCUUCCAAUGAGGGUCUGGAUUCUGGUUGAAGGUAUUUUUGACCAUUCUUCUUUACAAAGGUUCAAUGGUUUCCAAGCAUGGACAGCCCGCUUUAAAUCACACCACAGAUUUUCAGUAAUAUUUCGGUCUGGGGACUGAGAUGGCCAUUCAAGAAUGUUCUACUUGUUCCUCUGCAUGAAUGCAAUAGUAGAAUUUGAGUGUUUAGGGUUGUUUGAAGGCUCCAGCCCCGGCGCAACUUCAACUUUGUCACUGAUUCUUGAGCAUUGUUGGCAAGAAUCUGCUGAUACUGACUGGUUUCCCAGUACCUGUACUGGCCACACAGCCCCACAGCAUGAUGGAACCACCACCAAAUGUUACUGUGGGUAGCAAGUGUUGGUCUUGGAAUGCUGUGUUCUUCAUCCACCAUGCAUCCCGCCCCAUGUCCAAAUAACUCCAUUUCCGUUUCAGUCCACAGCACCUUAUUCCAAAAUGAAGCUGGCUUGUCCAAAUGUGCUUUAGCAUACCUCAAACGACUCAAUUUGUGGCGCACUCCUAUACAGCAUCCCCUUGUGCAAAGUGCACUGAAUAGUUGAACGAUGCACAGUGAUACCAUCUACAGCAAGAUCAUGUUGUAGGUCUUUGGAGGUGGUCUGUGGGUUUGACUAUUCUCUCCGUCCUUCACAUUUGCUUAUCUGAUAUUUUUCUUGGCCUGCCACUCCGGGCCUUAACUAGGACUGUACCUGUGGUCUUCCAUUUCCUCACUGUGGUUCUUUCCAACUCUGUGAACGCACAGUGUGUCCGACAUUAUUGCAACUUUCCUGGGGAGAGCAUGCUGCUUCUGGCUUCAGCAACAGUUUGGCGGAUAUUUGACAUUCAUGUUCACAAAAACAGUCUUGUGUGAAAUGCUGUUGAUGGAUUAAAAUAUUUUUCUCUUGCUCCAAUAACUUCUGCCUCAGCUUGCCUUGUUAACAGAGAAGCAGAGCUUGGGGGAAGGCAGGGAGCGUAUCUGGCUUACAUUACAACGCAACAGUUUUGCCCUCUGAAACAGAGAGUUGAAUAUUUUGGUUAGGAAAAAUACUCAUGAGAAUUAAGUCCAAAUUUUAUGGAAAUAAAGUUAAAAUAGGGGUGCUCGGCGGACGAGUGGUUAGCGCGCAGACCUCACAGCUAGGAGACCCGAGUUCAAUCCCACCCUUGGCCAUCUCUGUGUGGAGUUUGCAUGUUCUCCCACAUUCCAAAAACAUGCUAGGUUAAUUGGCGACUCCAAAUUGUCCAUAGGUAAAAAGAAAUCUUCACUCACUAAAUGUACUGCAAAAAAGGUCAGUAAGCAUAAUUCAUAAUGCCGCCUACAGAGAACAUACUAACUCCUUAUUUCUAAAAUCACAAAUACUUCAACUUGCUGAUAUAGUUCAUCUUCAAACAGCUAAAAUAAUGCAUAAGGCUAAAAACAACCAAUUAGCUAAAAAUGUCAUCCAAUACUUCUCUACAAGAGAGGAGAAAUAUGAUCUCAGGGAAGAAGUACAUUUGAAACACUUCUAUGCUAGGACUACGUUAUGCUAGCCAUAGCAUUUCAGUAUGUGGAAUCAAACUAUGGAAUGGAUUGAGUAAGGACCUCAAACAAUGCACAACGAUGAGCCAAUUCAAGAAACAAUACAAGCAGUUGAUGUUUGCUAAAUACAAGGAUGAAGAGUCUUGAACCAGUCAUGAUGUGCUAUAUAUAUCACUAUAUUGACACGCACUAUGGUACACAUUAUGGCAUUGGAUGCUCAUAUCACCUUGUACUUCGGUACGUGACAAAAAAAAACUUAAACUAUAUUAGGAAAGCAGGAAGUGAACAAAUGUAACAGUUACUGAUUGUAAAAGUACCAGAUGGAGGGGUAGGAUUUAAUAAGCUUUGCUUCUUCCUACUCCUUUUGGACAUGUGGAACUGUGAACUGAUUAUGGGAUGCACUCAAUUGUAAUCUGAUGCAUGUUCAAAUGAAAUAAAACCAUUAUCAUUACCAUAGGUAUGAAUGUGAGUAUGAAUGGUUGUUUGUCUAUAUAUGCCCUGUGAUUGGCUGGCCACCAGUCCAGGGUGUACCCCGCCUCUCACCCAAAGACAGCAAGGAUAGGCUCCAGCACCCCCCGCGACCCUCGUCAGGAUAAGCUGUAGAAAAUGAAUGAAUGAAAGGAGUGUAAUUGAUAAUGAGAUAAGUUUUGAGAUGAUAUGAGUUUUCACCUGUUAGCAUGCGUAGGGUACAUGUGUUCCUGGACUAAACUGUGCACUGUGUGGCCCCCAGCGGACACCCCUGCCCUGCAGUUAUGACUGCUAUGAAGCUGCAUCCUGCCUGUUAACAGUCAGAGGUGUGUUGUGAAACCAUAUACAGUAUGUAUGUAUGUAUGUACUGUACCGCAUGUAUCGGAAGUGUUUAGUGGUUGACGUGAAUGCUUUGUCUUAAACCACAUCUCACCUGCAUGCACACAGCAGCUACACUGCUUCCCAAAUGCCGUACUUCUUACACCAUGUACAUAACUAGUAUAUUUGCAUUGAUGGAUGCUGGGGCUACUGUUGGACACAACAUUAGGUACAUCUGUGCAUGAGACCAUCACCUCCAUCCGAUGCAAAAGCUGGAUUACAAAUUUACUAUUUUAUGACAGUCCCUGUUUCUUUUUUUAAGCUACUAAUUGGAAAAUCACAAAUAAACAGCUGUGAUUUUAUGAAAAAAAAAAAGAAAAAAGAUCCUGUAAAAGAUGCUAAAGUUGUAAUUUAGUGAGAAACAAAAACAAAGUUGUAAUUUUUUUAAUUAGGUUGGAGAAAAAAUUGUAAGUCAUAAAAUUCAAUAAAAUUUUACUUUAAGUACUUAAAGGUGUAGUUCGGAUUUUUUGGCAUGACGUUGUAUGACACCCCCAGUGAAGUCCGUCAACAGCGACUCACUCCCCACUUCGUGUCCUGAGCCGAGUUCUGGUCGGAUUUCGGUGCUGAGGAAAGUAGUUCCAGUUAGUUGCUGAGGACAGUUGAGUAAAGAGUUUGGCUUCUCAAAACAAUAUGUGUUCAAAAGCAUAACACAUUUGCAUCACAAAUAUGCCUACUAGAAAAAUAAUCAGACCUCACAAAUCCUUGUGGCUAUUUUAUCUGCUAUGAUAGGAACUACUUUCAACACAAUUUAAUGUAAAAAAAAAAACUAUCCCUUUAAGAAAAAGUAGAAAUAUUUGAAAAAUAAAAGCUGCAAAAAUGGACAAACCAGCAAUUUUAUGAGAGUAGAGUUGACCUAAAGGGGACCUAUUUUGCUCAUUUUGGUAAUGG